GGGUUCAUAUGCGUCCAUUGCUUUUGUUAAUUUCGAACAGUUCCUCUUAGCAUGUGCUACGAUUCGAGGGGGGCGUCACUUUGCGAUUGCACACUUAAUCGCUGCGAAAUCUUAUUUAAUUCUGGUCGAAAAGUCAUCGCCUUCAUUAUCGCACUAAUAUUAUUAAUCGCGAUAUUAAUCGCAAAAUCGCGACCCAUCGCACCUUAUCGCUACUGGUUUUUGCUCGAAUCAGUAAAAACGUCACAAGGCAAAUUAGCAUGGGAAAUGGUAACCGACAGAUCUGCUUCAAAUACAAAAUACUACGGGCGGUGUUUCUUUCAAUGGAUCACUAACAUUAUUGGACCCGAGAUUGGACCGCAUAAAAAAAAUAGCUCGUCCAGAAAAGAAGUAAAAUGUCGGUAUGUUUCAAUAGGAAAGGCUGGAAUUGCCAAUGACCAGAGCCACACGACCUCGUCCUCCACGGCGUUCAUCAGUAUGAAGCGACGGAUUGUAGAUGCCGCCAGGGACCAGAUCGCCAUGAAUCAACCUAACAUCAUCUUCGAUUUCAAGCUUCUGAACGGUAUCAAGUACAACAAAACAGCUAUCCAGGCCGACAUGAAGCACUUGGUCGAGGGCAAGCCAAAUAUUCGGGUCGCGUCAGCCCAUCAAGUAUGCCGGUUUAAUGUCCGGCUCAAACAUUCUGCGUAUCAUCAAUGAAUUGACAGUCACUGCCGUUCCUAUACGGUCUGGAGUCUGAGCAAGAUUACUGUAGCUUCGAUGAUGCUAUCCUGUCUGUCGAUGAUGGUAUCUUUGAGUUCAGGACCGAUUUGUGAAUUGCCUCACCCAGAAAUACAAGCAUAAAAAGCUGAGAAUAAAAAGGAUCUGUCGACGCGCUGUGUCGUCUCCACAAG